AUGCAUUUCAGCCUCACGUCUUUGUUUCCUGGUCUGGACUUCAGCUCCAGCUCCAAGCACCCUCAGGAAAAUUCCCAGAGCAGGCUUCGCAAGACACCGCCUGCACCGAACAUUGCAAACGAUCUUCAAAAUCGCGAUCGUCCCAUACUAUCCAUCGCCUACGAGAAGUUCCGAGCUCGCUUCGCCCGCCAGCGCAAGAACAGAAAUCUAGAGCAGGCAGAUGUGUCGCACGAAGUCGUUGCUUCACAAGAGACUGCAGGUUUGCUACCAAGCCUCAACGUGAUCUCUGGUAUUUGCACCAUCAUGGAAACGCCGUCCGAGCUAUCUCGGCGGUUGCCUUCGCGUGAAAACGCCACGGAUCGUGAGGAAAGUGGGCUCAAAGUAGUUGAGCGCACCUGCGACAAUGACGACUCCACGAGUGUCGUUGAAUCCGCAGUCGUCACCGUCAUCCAGCGCGAAAAGGCUGUCUCGCCAAGCGGUAUGAACUCUGACGAGGAGGUUGAAGACUACAAAUCAUCUACACCCAAGUCGGACGGCUCGAUAACGUCUUCUCUAACAAGCGCGUGCUCUGAUGGCGAAGCGCUUGAUCGCGCGGACUGGGAGCCACUCCGUGCGCUCGACCAUUCGAGCUUCCAGAAAACCCUUCGGCACCAUCUCAACCCCUCCGCCGAGUACUGCGCAGAUGACUACCUUUUCCGCGGCGAAUUUGAGGGUGGCUACAACCUCGUUCGGAUAUACCAGGUUAUCAAUAGUUCUAACGACGGUGAAUAUGUGGUCAAGAUUCCUUGCGUCGGCACUGCCGCUCGCUGGCAGAAGCAAGAUGCAUACAUGAUGCGUUCGGAGUUUGGCACUAUCAAGUUCAUUGGCGAGCGUACCAAAUGUCCCGUUCCUGAGGUUGUGGCCUACGACGACACGCUGGAUAAUACGUUAGGUGCGCCUUACAUCUUGAUGAAGGCCUGCACAGGCAGAUCCGCCUCCGAAGUCUGGCACGACGCUCACCCCAUUCAUAAAGACUGGGAUCGGGACACAGUCGACUUUCCUUCCAAGGACCUGGCGUCAAAGCGUGAGCGCAUACUUCGUUCACUGGCCCAAGCCAUGGCCGAGCUGCGUCAUCUUGAGUUCGACAAGAUUGGCGCGUUGGACUUUGACACUGUUGACGCAAACGGAACGCCUGCUAUUGGUUCGCUUUUGGAGUGGAAUAUCGACCCAGAUCUGACCGCCGAAGAUCUGGCCACUGAAAAGGCUCUUACUGAGAAGCCAGUGUACGACUCAAGCCUGGAGCUUUACACGGAUGGUCUGCUUGAGGCCUGGCCGUGCGAGGUACAUAAAGGAAGGCCCGGCGUCAUCCAUGGAAUCCUAGAUGCAUUGUUCCGAAGCGAUGCUUUCGCGAAAUCUGUCAAGCCCGGGGAUAGCGAGGAGACCUUCGUACUCCGUCACGACGACCUCAACCUUCAGAACGUCUUCUGCGACCCGAACACCGGCGAAGUAACCGGUAUCAUCGACUGGGAGCGCGCUUCCACCGCCCCACGCUCUCUCGGCUACGCUUCCCUUCCAAAGUUCUUGACAUUAGACUGGAUGCCAGGGUACGAAGUUCUCGAUGCGCCGCACUCUCCAUUGUCGCUACAGGCGUAUCGUGAGAUCUACGCCGACGCAAUGAUCAAGGCGACUGGAGCAGACGGUGACGGCAUGUAUACGUGCAAGUCUGCGAUGUAUCAGGCCGCGCACGCAGCGUUGUUUGGUAGUAGUGAAGGUGGCGAUAUUCGUGACUUUGUCCGAAAGCUGCUGCACGAGGUUCCGGGACUGCACCACACGGACCUUGACUUGUACCUGACUUGGCUCGGCGAGCACUGGGAGGCGGUUGGCAGCUCUGUCAAAGAGGCUGUACGGAAAGUUGCGAAGCCAGUAGUAGGGACGAUCGACGUCUGCGAGACCUGA